GCGACGACCACGUCCCGCCCACCGUUCUUUGCAGCCAACAUUGGCCCUUCGUCACUCUCCUUGAAGACGGUUUCCUCCUGUAAACUAUACAACGUCAAGGCCUCGCUCACUUACCUUCCUGGCGUCAAGGCUUGCGCCGUCUUCAAGAAAAAGUAACGAAUCGCUUCCCAAGGCCUUACCCGGUUGAUCCUGCAAACGAUCAUUAACGAUGUGGUGUGACAAUUGCCUUCUCUUGCUCCCUCUGAGGGGUGGUGCUAUCGCGUGGGGCGUAGUCAUGUUCCUGUACAGUCUCGCGGGAGGCAUUUUCCUGCUUAUUCGGGGACAAUACCUGUUCUUCGUUUUCCCUGAAUGGCAAAUCUACGGAGGUAUUGGAAUCGCUGUUGGAGUAGCAGCAGCGCUCUCCAUUCUAGCGCUUUCGAACCGAUCGUAUAUCUGGAUACGUGUCUGCAAGUUUGUCUGGCCAUUUGUCAUCGUCAUUGCCGCCGUACGGGCCAUCAUCAUGAUCGUCGAGCUCCAACGCGGGAAGGACAAGAUCCAGUGGGAGUGCGACAACGGUGGCCAGCUCUGGUCCGCAUCAGCUGCCGCAGGCUACGGUACAAGCUCCGAGACGUUCCCAAGUGGCUUCUGUGCAGCGGGAUUCUCCAGUUUAAACGUGGCGUUCAUCGUUGGACUCCUCGUGGACCUUGUCUUCCAGAUGUACAUGUUCUUCAUGGUAUGGCGGUUCCAGAAGAGGCUCGAGCACUAUUCGGGAAUGAAGGGACCAUUUUAUGGCGGGUACUACAACGCCUAAGCGUAGCCUGACCGUUGAGCAGCGAUCGGACGCUGUAGCGGUUACCCUCGGUCCAUUCCAUUCUCUUUGCCCGAGCCUACUGGACAGUUCCGUGUCAUACCUUCUGCGCUACCCCUCGUACGAUCUGCUAAUGCUCCCACCUCCCCGCUGUUCCCGUGUUACGUGAUUGACAGUGCUGUCGCUAUUCUCGAUCGCGCACAGCUGCUUCUCAUUGCCCCGCGUCUCAUGAAUGAUUCGCAUUAUCUCUCGGUUAUCCUCUCUUGUCUCCUCUGAUGUUGUCUCAGUAUCUCGCCUUCUGGCACUCACGACCCUUAUGACAUGACUAACGACCCCGGAUCGUACUUACGUAGUACUCGCCUGGUUACGACUGACUUAUUCCUAUACCUUGAUGAUCACCCUUCGAACCUGAAUGAACCCUAUUACAGCA